CCAUAAAUGACUAGGCUUCAAGAGGAAACUUCUUUUUAGCUGUGACGGCUGUUUUGUCUCUCACAUCUCCAGUUUAACAAAGCUUUCUAAACCCCCAUUCUGGAAAAUUAUUUUUCAUCUGACUUCCAUUACCGCAGCUCGUCUGUGUGGAGAAUCUAAUAAACCCUCCUAAUGGCCUGGUGCACGUUCUGCUGGGUUCUGAUGGGCCUUUUAGAUGUUAGCUGUGAAGUAACCAAGCCAGCAGAUAUGAUGUGCACUGAGCUUAUUGCUAACAGAAGCUACAGUUGUGAAGAUCUGGGACUGAAAGAGAUUCCUGAGCAACUACCUAACAUAACCCAAGUCCUUGAUUUCAGCUUCAACUUCCUGCAUUCCCUUCAACAAUCAACACUCAGCAAGCUGAAAGAUCUGGUGUAUUUAGACUUAACAAGGUGUCAAAUUAACUGGGUAUAUGAGGAUUCCUUCGGAAACAACGCUCACCUGGAGACAAUCAUCUUGACUGGAAACAAUCUUCUGUUUCUGGCAGACAGAGCAUUCUCUGGACCUCACUCUCUGAAACACCUUGACCUAACCCAAACAGGACUCAGGAGUUUAUCAUCCAUCCCAAUGCAGGGCCUGGGUAACUUGGAGACACUGAUACUAAAAGACAACUACAUCCAAUCACUAGAGCUCCCAUCACAUUUUCCAACGAGGAACCUCAAAUAUUUGGAUUUUCAGAUGAACAUAAUACAAAGAAUAUCAGCUGAAGACAUAAGGGUAUUAAAGCGAGUCAGCAAUCUGACUCUCAUUCUUGCAGACAAUGAUAUUAUGCACAUUGAGACCAAGGCUUUCAGUUCCAUUUUUUUCUAUACUUUGGAUUUUGGCCGUUGUGUUAAUGUUUCGGUGAUCCUGGAAGGGCUGCAGGAUGCCAGUACUGUUGCUCUUCGACUUGGGAAUUCUUUGGAUAGAGAUGCCCUCCCCAUAACUCCCACCAUGUUGCAGGGUAUCUGCAACAUCUCUGUUGACUACCUCUAUCUGCCAUAUCGCCAUUUCCUAUACUUCUCAGCUGACACAUUCCAUUGUUUGGCCAAACUCCAAAAGUUGGACAUGGCCCACACAGACAUUGGCGAACUACCCACUGGCCUGGUUCAGUUGAAUUUCCUGAGGGAACUCAAUCUCGACAAGAAUAAAUUUGAGCACCUUUGCAAUAUCAGGGCUUCUGCUUUCCCCAACCUCACCCAUAUUUCUCUCAGAGGGAAUCUGAAAGGCUUGGAUUUGGGAUCUGGGUGCCUAGGGUCUUUGUCGAAACUGCAACACCUUGACUUGAGCAGAUCUCAAAUAGAAAGCGCCGACUGCUGCAGCAAGCCGCUCCGUGGCCUGAGCAGCUUGCAACACCUCAACCUGAGCUACAAUAGCAAGCUCAGGUUCCACAAUGCAGCGUUCAAUGAAAGCAUUAACCUGAAGGUUCUGGACCUCACUUCCACACAGAUUCUCAUCAACGCUUCUCAAGGACCCUUCUGCAACCUGCAUUUUUUGCAGGUUCUGAACCUUUCUUACUCUAAAAUUGAUCUCAAUAUCCCGCACAUUUUACAAGGUCUGGAGAAUCUUAUUGUCUUGAAGCUGAAUGGAAAUAACUUCGAAUCCAAGACCAUCCUGGAAGACAACCUCUUUCAGCAGGCACCCAAUUUGGAAGUGUUAACUUUAUCUUCCUGCAAAUUGUCGGCUAUACAAACCAAGGCAUUUUCUAACCUCAAGAAGUUAAAACACAUGGACUUGAGCCACAACAAUCUUAUUGCAUUCAAUUCAGAUGCAUUUUCCAGCCUCAGAAACAUAUAUCUCAAUUUUGCCAACAAUAGGAUCCAUAUUAUCCCACGUGAUAUGUUGACUAACCUAUCUGGCCAGAGUGUAAUCAAUUUAAGUUACAAUCCGCUGGAAUGCACCUGUUCCAAUAUUGGAUUAUUAACUUGGUACAAGCAAAACAUAGAUAAAACUGAAGACUCUGAAGAGACAGUGUGCUCUGAGCCCAAAUCACUAGCGGGCUCUAAGCUCCUCUCUAUAAAUCUGUCCUGUGGGUUUAGCACUGCUCAAGUAGUAUUGAUUGCCUUUGUUACGAUAGCAGUAAUUGUAGUGACCUUCAUUUUGAUCAUACGUUUUUUAAGGAGAAACUACCAACAGCUUUGAGUUCCUGGAGAAAGAAAAGAUACAGAAGAGUAACAAAAGCCAACAAAUUAGUAGGAAGAUGCUUAGAAGGGAAUUUCACUUUCUAAUACUAAUUUUUGUUCCAGUUGUUGACUGUACAGGCAGUCCUCGUUUUGCAUGGGGGUUCCAUUCUGAACCCAUGCAAGCAUAAGCCCACUCUGCUCCAACCCCAACCCCUUUUCAUGACAUCUUUAUGACGUUUUGGGGCUGUUUUCAGGUUUGGUGCAGUGUGCAUGUGUGUGAUCGCACAUCAUUCAGGUGCGCCUAAAUCAGGAGUUGCCUGUAGUGCACUUGGUUAACUUGUUUUUGACAUGA